CGAGUUUCAAAGACGAGUGCCUCGGCGUCCACAAUCGCGUCCGUGCCCUGCACCGCAGCACUGGCCCUCUAGUAUGGAACGCUAAACUUGCCCGAGAAUCUAGAGUUUGGUCCGAGAAACUUGCCAAAAGUGGAGAAUUCAAACACUCCCCAAAGACAUCACGUGGUAAUGCUGGGGAGAACUUAUAUAAACGAAUGAGCUCAAGAGCUAGUAGUUCGAGCCAGUGUGGACAAGCAACAUUCAACUGGUAUGACGAGGCCAGAAAGUACAAUUACAACUAUGCUAAAGGAGCAUUCACAUCGCAAACUGGUCAUUUCACCCAGGUUGUGUGGAAAGGCUCCAGGACUUUAGGAUGUGGAGAGUACACUCAGAAGAGAGGUAAAUGGUUUGAAACUGUUGUCACGUGCAGGUAUGGCCCACCAGGCAACUACAAAGGACGUUUCCAGUCGAAUGUUUUGGCCCUCAAGCCAGGAAAGUCCUACCCUAGGAAGUUAACAGAUGUAUAACGUGAGCCAACACGUUUCUACAAGUGUGAAUGUGUUUUGUGUAAUAUCAAGAGAAGUUAUAUAAAUUAAACUAAGCCAACAUGCCUCAUAGGCUAGUAGAAUGGAGGUCUGAAAAUUGUGAUUAAUAUACACGAAGGGGAAAAGGACAAAUGAGGUAUCGUUG